GUGUGUGUGUGUGUUUUUCCCCCCGUAGCUCAGGUUUAGUGUGUUUAGCGGGCCUGGCCCGCUGACAGCCAGAGGUGAGAGGUCAAAGAGCCAAGUUAACUCCAUCAAUCCCCGGGAACAGUUACAAACGAGCCCUCAACUCUGGUCAUAACAAUCGCUGGAUCAUGCAGGAAGGACAGGAGGUGGGAAAGAGGGAGCGUUCGACUCGGUUUGGCUUUAAGGAAUGUGUUUGUAUAUAAAUCGAAAGCAGAGGCAAAGAAGACUGAAAAGUACAAUUUCUCCAUUGUUAAUAGUUAUAUCACUUUUGUAUUUUAUUUAGAUUUCUAUAGGGCUGGGAUUUUAGUACAUGGAGAAGUUGAACUAACCUUCAAUAUUACAACAGCCCAGCGUCCUGGUUCCCUGACUACCAGACACGGGGUGGGGGGGGUCCACUUUUCCGAAGAUAACCGGUCUGAAAGCUUAAAGAAAUACCCAUCUUAUUAAAGAAACUUGUGAGAAAUAUGUGCUUUUACAAAAAUAUCCCAGUAGUACCUGUUUGGCUCAAAAUGAAACAGCACACCGGCAGAUAUCUGGACAUUGGAACUGAGCUUAAACAGGAAAAGCAUGAAAACCACAUUGAUGUACACCUACACACACACACACACACACACACACACACACAAACCUGGCGUAUUACUGAUUUAAAUAGGGAGGGUCACCAUGGAAACACACAAACUCAAGAGAAGCAAAAAAACGUUUCUCUGCCACCUCAAACACAAAUACGUGAAACAAGACGGGAUCAUUUAAUCUUCAAUUUUGUAACCGGCACCCGGAAUUCUGUUGUUUCCUGAGAUUUAAGGAAACAUGAUGAAAAAGAGCAUCUGUACUUUGCAUUAAAAAUAAAUAUUUUAACCUGAACAAAAACUAUGAUGUGUUAUUUUUUCCCCGAUUCAGAAGAGGGAGAUUAGGACGUGCGCGCUGGUGAGGGAGCUCACCGAGAGUAAGAUGCGGCACUCUGAAUGUCAAAAUGAGGCCUUGGGGGGACCUGAGCGGGGAGAGGGACGAGCAGGGGGCCCAGACGGGGGGCCGGAGCAGAGAGUCUGACCACGGCAUCCAGAACGAAGAGACACCGGAGGCUGAGAAGGUCCAUGACAACAGGACCUUACACCUGCAGGAGGAGGUGGGACCAUUGAAACACGAGGUCGGAGGUCACCAGGAUGAGUCGUGUCCGCUCAGCCAAGAGGCCGGAGGGAUGCAGCGCCUCAUGGAGCAGAAAGAGAAGCAGCAACAGCGGCGGCUACGCCAUCAGCUCCGCGUUGGUCGGCAACAGGUCGAGACAUUUGGAGGGAAGCUAAAGAAGCAGGAGGUUGAGAUGGAAAUUCUCCGUGAGCAGCUGAAAGGAGCCGAGGAGGUGAUAAGAGACGCAGGUUUACGAGCCCGGGAGCAGAAGGAAACCAUAGCCAUUUUUAGACAAAAGUACAACGCAGCCAUGGAGAAGGUGCAUCGGGUGCAAGGACAGGUGGAGCUAUUGAAAGAGGAACUACAGUACUCACAGCAACAGCUUCGAGAUUCCCAAUUGGCCGCGCAUUCAGCGAAAGAGGAGCUCGCUGGGAUGGAGCAGCGGUAUCUGGAGAAGGUCGGCCACUGGGAGAACGCCCAGGAGGCUUUAGACCAGUUGGCGGAUGAACUCCUGGCGAGCCGGACCCUCCUGAGGGAGAGUCAACAAAGAGCUGACCACCUUAAAGGCUUAGUGGAAACCAUGCGGGAGCAGGUGGACACGAUCAAACAGCAGAAGCUGAUGUUGGAGUGCGACCGACAGCUGCACCAACAGAGUCGUUGUGAUGAGCAGUGGCACAGAGAGCAGCUACACAAGCGCUGCACCGAGCAGGUUGUGCGCCUUGCCGAGUGUGAAAAGGCGAUUCUUCAGAUGAAGUCGGAGCUGGAGAGACAGGUCCGGCGAGAAGCAGAUCGGAGGCAAAGUUCCGUUGCUUCCCGCCGUGCAAACAUGAGCGAUCGCAUCCAACUGGAACAGGAAGUGAUACAUCUGAAAAAGGAAGUGGCAGCCGUAAGGCGUGAGCCGGCGGACACCCAAAAGGUUCAUAUGGCACUUGGCCGACAGUCAGAGGAGCAGCUGAAGGAGGUCAGGAGAGCGGCGGCGAGGCGGAGCGGCGAUGGGUUCGCGCACAGAGAGGAGGUGCAGAGACUUCAGGAGGACUUACUGAAGGCGGAGGAGAGAAUGAGGAGGCAGUUGAGUCGAGAGCUGGAGGAGCCGCGCAGCGAGCCGCAAGUGACAGCGGAGGAGUUGGCAACCCGUGCAGAGGAGGCGAGGCGGAUGCAGGGGCGGCUGAAUGAGGGAAAGCUAGCGGAGGAGAAAAUAAGGUCACGGGACGGGGGGCCGGAGACAGAAGUGGCGGCGCUCCGGAGGAAUCUUCAGCAUGCUGUCGAUCACAAACUCCAGGCGGAGCGGGAGAAACGGGAAGCCCGGGAACAGGUGGACACACUGCUGGCGGAGCUGGAGGAGACGCGGUCUGAGAAGGCAAACCUGCGCCAUGAGAGCCAGUUGGUCGUGACUAAUGUCAACUGUUGGAUUGCUAAACAAAAAGCUUCCAACGAGAGCCUCAGUGGCCGGACGGAGGCCCAGAACAAGGUGCUGCUCAUCCUCACUGAAGAGAAAGCGCACCUUCAAGGUUCUAAUGACGCGUUGAAAGCGGAGGUAACGCGACUAAAAGAGGUGGGGGACGAGAAGACGAGAGACACGGAGCGCUUCCAGGCCUGGACCCGGGCGUCCCGCAAGACAGGAGAGCGUAAGUUCACAUCCAACCAACGCCUCGCCCGCCAUGCCACACGCAAUCCAGCCCAAACAAAGCUGACGAUGUUAAUAACACCAGGAGUGCCACGUUGUGAAUGA